AUGGCUUCCAAUAUUCAGAUUGUUGUCUUCCUCCUUUCUGUAUUUUGUCUAGCAGGUGACGGAGCUCCACAAGAGCAUUCUAGCCAAAUAAUAAACCCAGGCUCUUCACUUUCUCCCCAAAGUACUCACUACCCAAGCUCAUGGCCUUCUUCUUCCGGCCACUUCGCUUUUGGGUUUCAUCAGCAAGGAGAUGGAUUUGCUGUCGGAAUUUGGCUGGUGGGAAUAGAAGGAAAAACAAUUGUUUGGACAGCAAAUCGUGACGAUGCCCCAGUGACCUUAAAUGCAAAGCUGCAGUUAACAAGUUAUGGAAAGCUUGUUUUAAGUGACCGAGGACAACAAAAGAACCUCAUCAUCGUCACUACUAGUACUAAUUCAUCGACAGACUCUGCAGCUUCCUCUGCCUCCAUGCUUGAUUCUGGAAAUUUUGUUCUGUAUAACAAAAGAUUCGAUGUCAUAUGGGAGAGCUUUAAUCAUCCGACUGAUACUCUCCUUGGAGGUCAGAUUCUGCCUAUUGGAGGUCAACUAUUCUCCAGUUUUUCAGAAAAUGACCACUCAACAGGACGGUUCCAUCUCAACAUGCAGGAUGAUGGAAACCUGGUUCUAUACCCGGCAAACAGCGAAAACUCACGUGCAGAUUCUUAUUGGAGCUCUGAAACCUAUUUCCAUCCUAAGCUUCAACUUUAUCUUAACGCUACAGGUCGUCUAGUUCUCAUCAACAGCACUAGUAGGGAAGAAGACACUGUUUUAGAUUCUGAUGAAUCGUGCAAAACCAAAUACAAAAAGGGUACCAUAUAUCGUGCGACUGUUGACGUGGAUGGAUAUUUCCGGUUGUAUUCUCAUGAAUAUGAUGAGAGUACUGGAAAACUCCGGCCAUCCCUUAUGUGGUUGAAACCGGAAAAUCCUUGCGAUGUUAAAGGCUUCUGUGGCCUUAACAGCUACUGCACAUUCUACGACAGUAAACCAAACUGCCUUUGCCUUCCUGGAUCUGAUUACGCUGACUCCGAUCACAUGACACACGGUUGCUUGAGAAACUAUACUCAAGUAGAGUGUAAAGAUGGGAAAGAAAAUACAUCAAGUUAUCACAUAAGCACCAUGGAGAAGAUGGUGUUCGAAGACGCUGCUUAUGAUCAAGCACAAAUGUCGACUGUGGAAGAAUGCAGCAGAUCUUGCCUGGAAGACUGCAACUGCGGGGCAGCUGUUUUCGACAGUUGGAGUAAUACUUGUGCCAAACAAAACUUACCACUCAGAUAUGUCCGAAGGGAUCUCGAGCAGUCUACUACCACAGCUGUCUUCAAGGUCGGCAACAUAACGAGUAGUACCAUAAGCAACAAUCAAAACAAUACUAAUCUACCCAUCCCGGGGAAUCCAAUUACCACUGUCGUUACUACCACAGACAAGAAAGUGAUAGAGAAAAUUCUUGUUUUAACUUUAACUCUCAUCAUAUUCUCAUGUGCCGCCCUUGCAGUUUCUGCAUUUUACAUUUUUAAAAUCCGACUUCUGCGGUAUGAAAGGCUGACAGAGAUUAAUGGUGAUUUGGGGCUGGCUGAUGAGGAACUUACUUUGAGAGCUUUUUCAUACAAUGAGCUCAGAAGAGCUACCAAUGGGUUCAAAGAAGAAUUGGGAAAGGGCUCGUUUGGAGCAGUUUACAAAGGGGCUUUAAACAAAGGAAAAAAAAUCAUUGCAGUGAAAAGAUUAGAGAAGCUAGUCGAAGAUGGUGAGAGGGAGUUUCGUGCGGAGAUGCAAGCAAUCGGAAGAACUCACCACAAGAACUUAGUUCGAUUGCUUGGUUACUCCGCUGAGGACUCAAAAAGGCUCCUUGUGUAUGAAUAUAUGAGCAAUGGCUCCCUUGCAGAUCUCCUUUUCAGGACUGAAUGGCAUCCUACUUGGAGUGAAAGAGUAACAAUUGCACUCGAUGUCGCAAGAGGUCUCCUCUAUCUACAUGAAGAGUGUAAGGCCCCUAUCAUCCAUUGCGACAUAAAGCCUCAAAACAUUCUGAUGGAUGAAUUUUGGAAUGCUAAAAUCUCUGACUUUGGACUUGCAAAAUUGUUGAUGCCGGAUCAAACGAGGACUUUCACAGGGGUCAGAGGGACAAGAGGGUACUUGGCACCAGAAUGGCAAAAGAACACUCCAAUCUCAGUGAAGGCAGAUGUUUAUAGUUACGGAAUAGUGCUUCUCGAAAUUGUAUGUUGCAGGCGGAACAUGGACGUCAAUGUUAGAGCAGAGGAGAUAAUUCUAUCUACUUGGGUCUACAAGUGCUUUGUCGGUAGAGAGCUGCAUAAGCUCGUGGGUGGUGAAGAGGUCGAUAAAAAGACGUUGGAGAACAUGGUUAAGGUGGGACUAUGGUGUAUACAAGAUGAACCAGCUCUGCGUCCUUCUAUGAAGUCUGUUGUGUUGAUGUUACAAGGCAUUACUGAUAUAGCUAUUCCUCCAUGUCCAACUGCUACCUCCAUGUAACUAAUGCCUGUGAGGAAAUGCUUUCUUCUUAUAUGCAGUUUGUUAAAAGAAUAAGCAAGAUUGCUAAGGGUAUGGUACCUAUACUGGUUACAUUGUUGUACUAAAGUAUCUAGAAUCAAAGACUCAUUGAAUCAAGAGUCUCUCAUGGGUAAAUGAUUAUUCUCAUCAAUAUGGUUCAUUGUAUAAAUUUAAU